UUAAAUCUAGAUACCCCUACUUCCUUUUUCUGAUUCAAGAUGCACUCUUCUGUUUUAGAAGAGCAGUUUCCCAGAUAUCCUCACUGGAGCUGGUUUGAGCUGCGUAUGAACUACUGUGAGAUCAAGAGCAGGUGCCAACUGCUACUUGUGAGAAAAUGCCUCCUUCAGUCUCGUCCUGGGUGGUCUUCAUGCCACUGUGGUUGACUCUACCGGUUGUGAAAAUUACACCCCAAUCUGUGAUUUCUCUUGAACCUCCAUGGACCACUUUCUUUCAAGGAGAGACAGUGACUCUGAGUUGCUAUGGAUAUGGCUUCAACUUACCCCAGAAAACAAAAUGGUACAUGAAUGAAAAACUCAAGAGAAUCCAAGGACACACCUUUAUGGUCCAUGAGUCUGGAGUGUACAAAUGCCAAGCUGACAACUUACUUCUAAGCAUUCCUGUGAUCUUAAACUUUUAUAAAGAUUCCCUGGUGCUGCAAGCUCCACCCGCAAUAUUCGAAGGAGACUCUGUGGUUUUGAGGUGCCACACAAAGGAAAGUGUAAACCAAAAGACCCUGAAAUUUCACAAGAAUGGUGUCAUUCUGAGAUCAUCUGGUCAAGUUUCCAACCUCUAUAUCUACCAUAAAAAUCUAAGGAACAACGAUGAAUACCACUGCACUGGGAAGAAUGCUUGGCUCAGUGUUUCUUCCAAUAAGGUCAAAAUUCAAGUCCAAGAGUUAUUCCCACUUCCUGUGCUGACAGCCAGACCUUCUCAACCUAUAGAUGGAAGCCCAGUGACCCUGACCUGUCACACUCGGCUCUCUGCACAGAGGUCAGGUGACCAGAUCCAGUUCUGUUUCAUCAGAAACCUCCAGGCUCAGAGGUUAGGUUGCAGCAACUCCUCGGAGUUCCACAUUCCUGCCAUAUGGACUGAAGAUUUUAUGUGGUAUCAGUGCACGGCAGAAACAAUGAAUGCCCAAGUAAGGAAACGAAGCCUGCCACUCAAAAUUCCUGUGCAGAGGGCUUUUGCAGACUUCCAAAUACACAUUGUCCCAAUCUCAAAGUUGGUGUUUGAAGGACAGUUGCUGUUACUCAACUGCUCAGUAAAAGGGGUCCCAGGGCCCAUCAAAUUUUCCUGGUACAAAAGGGGCAAGAUGAAUAAAGAAACAAAGAUUCCUAAAUCCUCAGAAGCAGAAUUCAAGAUCUCUGCAGUGAAUAGCAGUGACUCGGGGGAUUAUUACUGUGAAGUCAGCAACAGUCGCCGAAGCUUUGUCAGCCAGGCAGUCCCCAUCACCAUAAAAGUCCCAGUGUCUCAGCCUGUCCUCACCCUAAGCACUGGCAAGACCUGGGCCCUUGAGGGAGACUUGAUGACGCUUCACUGUAAAUCCCUGAAGGGUUCUCCACAUAUCCAGUAUGAGUUCUAUUAUGAGGAUGUCUUCCUGGAGAUCAACUCUGUGCUCUCUGGAGGAGGAGCAUCCUUCAAUUUCUCUAUGACCACAGAGCGUUCUGGAAACUACUACUGCACCGCUGACAAUGGCCUGGGGGCCCAGCGCAGUGAGGCUGUAAGGAUCUCUGUUGCUGUUCCAGUGUCCUGCCCUGUCCUCACACUCGGGGUCCCUGGGUCCCAGGCUGCAGUGGGCGACAUCGUAGACCUUUACUGUGAGGCUCUGGGAGGCUCUCCUCCAAUCCUGUACCACUUUUAUCACCAAAAUGUCACCCUGGGGAGCAGCUUAGCCCCUUCUGGGGGAAGAGGGUCCUUCAACUUUUCUGUGACUGCAGAAGAUUCUGGAAACUUCUUCUGUGAGGCUGACAAUGGCUGGGGGCCCCAGCGCAGCGACAUGCUGGCACUGAGUGUUAUAGACAUGAGCAAGAGCAGAAGUGUUCCUGUGGCAGCUGGAGUCACUGGGGGACUGCUUGUCGUGGCUGGCGUGGCUGCUGGAGUACUGUUUCAUUGCUGGUUCUCUAGAAAAGCCGGGGGAAAGCCUGCCUUUGAUGACUCCAGGAACCCUUCAUAUUCAGAACCCCAGGAGCCCACCUAUUACAACAUUCCAACCUGUAUAGAACUGCAACCAGCAUACAGCAGUGACCCUAAAGAAGAAGUGAUUUACACACAAGUAUGGAGCACCCAACAGAGAUGCAAACAAGCAGUUCAGAAGUUUGAAAGCCCAAGACCAAGGUGCCAGAUGGCCAAAUGAAAAUUGAGGACAUGCCUGCUCCAAGCUAACCACCCAAGUCAAGGAAAUUCCCCACACACCAGGUCUUUCCUAACCUGACAAAAGGAACCCCACAAACUCAAGAUCAGGAGCACCAUGAACAAUGAAACGAACACUGAAUGAACAAUGAAAAAGAAAGCAAUAUUGAAUUCUGUUGCAUACUGGAUCCCUGCUUUCUGGAUUCCUCCACUGCCCUUGUAAUAAUCCAAAAUUAAUAAAUCCAGAUUUAAUAAACAAGGCAAUGCAAAGCAGAGCGCUCUCAAGUGGCCUUCAGGAAGCAGGAGACAGAACACAAGAGCUCAUGCGGCAGAUCUAUGGGCUGGGUUUUACAUAGCCGGACGGCAUGGUCCCGGACAUCUCCAGAGAAGGAGCCGCGGAUGGCGGGUUUUUUGAGAGGAAGGACCUCUCAAAAGCCUCUUGGCAGGCUUUCUGAGGGAGCAGAGUCUGGGGAGAGAGAGGUGCGGUUUCUACCUAAUCAGUCUACAUGCCUUCCCAAGAAACUCAAAAACAUCCUGCUCUUUCUUUACCCUGAGUGAGAAUGAAAGAAAAUCUGGGUGGGAAAUCCUGUCCACCAAGGGUUAGGGCUCUGAUGGAGGAUGGCCUUCUGUAUGCUGUGAAUAUUGUUUCUUUUACUGGUUGAUGACUAAAGCUGUUUUGGCCAACGGACAGGCAGGAUUUAGCCAGGUGGGAAAUUCAAAUGGAUAGAAAAAGGUAGUAGGCAGAGUCAAGGAGACACCAUGUAGCUGCCAACGAAGCAAGAGACCCGGGCAUCACCAGUAAGGCAAGACCAUGUAGAGAUACACAGAUGAAUAGAAAUGGGUUAAUAAUUAAGAAAGAGCUAGCCAAUAAGAAGCCUGAGCCACUGUCCACACAGUCUAUAAUUAAUAUACUCCUCUGUGUGUUUAUUUGGAACUGAACAGCUAUGAGACCGGGAAGGACAGAAACUUCCAUCCACAGGAGCUCCAGAUCCCUAUGUGCUCAUGAUCACCCAAGGACCUUCUGAGACAUUCAGGUCUGAACCUGGGUAGAGCCUGAGAUUCUGCAUUUCUAAUAAGCUUCCAGAUGGUGCUGAUCCUUUACUCCAGGGAUCAUACUGAGAGCUGAGGCCCCAUGGGUCUUGGCAGAGACUAGUGAAGCAGAUCUGGCCACCCUCUGCCAAACUCCACAGUGCAUGUUCAUAGGGAUCACACUUACACUCAAUGGCCAAGCCAUCCUUUGGCCAAAAGCACUGUGGUGGUUUGAAUUAAAACGGCCCCCAUAGGCUCAGAGAUUUGAGUACUUGAUCAUCAAGGAGUGACACUAUUUGAGAGGGACUGGAGGAAGUAUGUCACCAGGACUCAGUUUGGGGGAUUCAAAAGCUCAAGCCAUGCCAGUGGGUCUCCCUUUCUGCUGCCGAUGUAGAACUUUCAGCUACUUCUCCAGUAUCAUGUAUGCCUGUGUGCCAUCAUGCUCCCUGCCAUGAUGAUAAUGGACUAAACCUCUGAACAAUAAACAAGCCCCAAUGAAAUGCUUUCUUUCAUAGGAAUUGCUGUGGUCAUGGUAUUUCUUCACAGCAAUAGAACACUAACCAAGACAAGCACCCUCAGAGAACUCUGAGACAUCUUGCUACCCUGGCAAAACCAUCUUUGUUUCUCCCCAGGCCUCAUACUCUGUGAACAAUUUGUGAAUGAAUAUAUCUUCUUCAUUCAGAUAGCUCUCUCCAUUCCUGAGGUGUUAUUCCACUUACAUCAUGCCCAAUAUACCCUCUCUUGACCUCUGACCCUGUUGAUCAUUGUUUUAGCCAUUGUUCUUUAAAGAAGCAAGUUCCAAAAAUGUGAGUUUGUGGGAGAAGAGGAGAAGACAGGGAGACAGGAAGAAAGGCAGAAGAAAGGCGUGAGGUCCAUGCUCUGAUUCUGGGAAGGGAAGGAGUCACAGUAGUCUAGGAGGUAAAAAGAAUUUGAGGACAUGUAGGCAGAUAAAACACAUAUUCACUUCAAACAAAUGCUGCUGGACAGGCAACUGCUCACAGGCACCCAGGCACAGGCAGGCACCCGUGGGCUACACAUAAGCAGGUGUCACAUGGGACUCAUGGUGGUAAGCACAUAGGCUUACCAACAAACACAUAAGCUUGAGGCCAUAGGUGGUAGCUAAUGUCUCUGGUAUCUGACCACAAGGUCAUUUUUAUACAGAAUCCAUACAAAAGUUUACUCUGACAUGAAUGAAUAGUUAUAUAUCAGAUUACAUCGCUGUUUACUUUUGGGGUUCCCAGAGUGUUCAAUGUCAGCCAUGUAAUGGUUGACUCAUACUAUAUUACUUCAUAUCACCACCAUGUUUUCUAAAUGGAAACUGAUAGCCUCUGUUCCCUACAAAAGGUAGAGAAGAGAAGGAGAAAGGGAUCUGUGGAAAGAGACAAGUCACAUGAUCUACAGUUAGCAAAUGAAAGACCCUAGAAGAGCCGGUGGGUUUUUGUUUGUUUUGUUUGUUUUUCCAGUGUGAAUUUGAAGUCAGAAGACCUAUAUCCAAUUCAAACAGUCAACCCAGAGGAGCUCCUCCUUGCCUGAGGGAGGGGAACCUUUUUCUACUUAAGUCUUCAACUAAUUGGAUGUGUGGUAAUACAAUAUUUUGAAAAUAUCUCUUACAUUCUAUGAGACUGGAGCUUUUGCUGGACCUCACAACUAUGUACUCAAACUAUUUGUUUAACCUGCCUUUAAGAGAACAAUGGAAUAAUCAACGUUAUUUGCCUUGGAUUCUGCAUGUAAUAAGCUGAUGCAUAGCUACAAUCUUAUGUUAUUUACUCUUGCGUGUCCCUGACAUGCAUGCCCCCAGAGUAAUGUGUGCAUAUCAUUUGCUGAAAGCAGCAAAUACAGAAAU